CGUGGUUAGGAGACUGCUAUUAGCUCAGUGUGUUUUUGUUGCCUGUGUAUUACAGGGCACAGACAGAAACAGAUAUGUCUGCCCCGGCUGAGAAAGCAUAUUACAGGUUUCUGGUGCUGUUCUUCAACUGCCUGCUCACGUUUGGUUCGUACUUUUGCUUUGAUAUCCCCAGUGUGCUACAGGACCAGUUCCAGGGGAACCUGACGUGCUCCAAUGGGACCCAGUCUAACAGCACACACGGUAACAGCAGCACAGGCUGUGUGGAGGGGCUUGGAAUGACCCCUGAACAAUACAAUCUGCUCUAUGCCAUCUACGCUUGGACCAAUGCGUUGGUUGUGAUAAUGGCCGGAUUUCUAAUUGACAAACUAGGAAACAGAUUUGGACUGUUUCUGUUUUCCUUCCUGACUGUCCUGGGCUCCUCCAUAUUUGCCCUCGGCUCCCACUUUAAAGGAACACCAUACCUGCUGCCGCUCAUGCUAACAGGGCGCUUAUUGUUUGGAUCUGGGAAUGGGUCACUGACAAUUGUGCAAAACAGGAUCACAGCUUUUUGGUUUAAAGGCAAAGAGCUAGCCCUGGCUUUUGGUUUAACCCUGUCCUUCUCCCGGCUGGGCAGUGUUUUGAACUUCUUCCUCACAAAGCACUUUGAGGAUCAGUAUGGCAUGCAGUGGACUUUGUGGGGAGGAACCAUGUUAUGUGUGUUGGGCUUUGCUUCAGCAAUCACAGUGAGCAUUCUGGAUAAAGUUGGAAUGAAACAACUUGGUCUUGAUGGAGCCAUCCAGGAAGAAUCGAAGAAAGUGAGAAUCCAAGACAUAAGGCGCUUACCUUUACGUUACUGGCUCCUGGUGUUUACCAUUAUGUUCUUCUAUAAUGGAGUCUUCCCUUUUGUAGCAGAUGCAAGUAAGUUCAUCCAGGAUAAAUACACAGGGUACGAUCAGCAGACAGCGGCAUACAUUGCUGGGGCUGUGUACGAUAGCUCCCUAGUUCUUUCUGCAGCUGUUGGAAUAUUAAUUGACUAUGUAGGAAUGAGAGGUAUACUGGCCUUGCUAUGUGCUGUGAUGACCUUGCCUGUUUUUGCGCUCUUGGCGUUUACCUACGUCCCUCCUCUAGUAUCCACCCUGUGGCUUGGGGUCACCUAUUCCUUUGCUGCGGCUAGCAUGUGGCCUUCAAUCCCACUGGUGGUACCCCAGGCUACUCUUGGGACAGCCAUGGGACUUGCCACCUCUGUACAGAUGAUUGGAAUUGGGCUUUCAAACCUCAUUGUGGGCAGAAUUCUUGGUACAAAAUCCAGUGGUGAAACUAAGAUCCCACUGUGGCGCUGGCAGGAAAUGAUGAUUUUCAUGCUGGCGAAUACCAUCGCCUGCAUUGUGACCUCCGGAACCUUAAACAUUGUGGAUAAAAAACAGGGAGGAAUAUUGAACAGAACGACCAAGCGAACUGCAGCGUCUCAGCAAGAAGCCAGAGAGGAAUCAGACAGGUCACCAAUACUAAGCCAAGAUGAUGAUGAAAGGUCUAUAAACUAGUGCCAGUAUGAGGGGUCUGUGCCAUGCUGCUAAAUAGCCAUCAAUACGAUCAGUUGUAAAACAUCGCUUCUCUUUCUUUCAUCUUCUUGUUCAAGUUUGCUACAUGCAAAAGAGAGAGAAACGCGUAGCGUUUACCAGACAAAAUGACUUUUAGGAAGGACAAAAAAAAUGUCACCUACUGGUAUUGUCUGUCUGGUAAAAAAACUUUUGUUAAAAGGUUUAACAGGUUUAACAGAUGUAACCAAUGAGUUGAGAGUACCAAACGGAGGCUAAUUUGUUAGCGUCUGUAUGCUAAAUAACAAAUAUGUUACAGGGACAUAAACCCAACAUUUUUCUUUUAUGAUUCAGAUAGAACAUUCAAUUUGAAAUAUCUUUCCAAUUUACUUCUAUUAGCUAAUUGUCUUUAUUUUCUUGUUAUCCUUUGUUGAAAAGCAGGGAUUUAGGCUCAGGAGCAUACCUUGUCUGCAGCACUAUAUGGCAGCGGUUUUGUAACAAUGUUAUACAUUAGUAUGAGCACUCGAUGCAGCACUAUUUCCUGUCACGUGCACCCUAAUAACUGGAUAUCUCUUCAACAAAGAAUAAAAUGAGAACUACGCAAAUUUGAUAUUUUUUUUUUAAAUUGCAUUCUCUAUCUGAAUCAUGAAAGAAAAAUUGUAGCUUUCAUGUCCCUUUAUUUUACUUAAAGAGACAUUAUCCAUAUGUUGCAUCACUUGAAAGUGAUUAUAGCCUAUCUGAAUAAAGCUGACUAGAAAAUAUAUCAUGAACAUCUCUCUCUAUGUAAGAAAGGGAAGAUAUUUUCUUUCAAAAUAUCCACAGUAGCUACAUCCGUUUUAGAUGCAUUUUCAAUAUCCAAUCAGGAUGCUUGUCCCGGGAUUUACAAGGGACCGUGAUUAAAGGGACACUGAACCCAAAAUUUUUCUUUCGUGAUUCAGAUAGAGCAUGCAAUUAUAAACAACUUUCUAAUUUACUCCUAUUAUCAAAUUUUCUUCAUUCUCUUGGUAUCUUUAUUUGAAAUUCAAGAAUGUAAGUUUAGAUGCCGGCCCAUUUUUGGUGAACAACCUGGGUUGUUUUUGCUGAUUGGUGGAUAAAUUCAUCCACCAAUAAACAAGUGCUUUCCAUGGUCCUGAACCACAAAAAUAGCUUAGAUGUCUUGUUUUUCAAAUAAAGAAAGCAAGAGAACAAAGAAAAAUUGAUAACAGGAGUAAAAUAGAAAGUUGCUUAAAUUUGCAUGCUCUAUCUGAAUCAUUAAAGGAAAAAAAUUGGGUUCAGUGUCCCUUUAAGCAUAUGGGUAACAUAUCACUUUAAGGGAAGAAAAUAUACGUGAAAACACACAAAAGCAUGAUACUGUCACUCUAUUUUUAAGAAAUAUGUAUCUCAUGUCUUAAAGGGAAAUUGUGUUUAUCAGCAGCAUUUUAAAGGUGCUAACUUUUUUGUUUUUUUUGUAAAAUAAAAAAUACUUUUAAUUAAAAAAAAUCUGUGUAAACAAAA